GGAGGUGCUAUCCACAGGCUCGAUCUGUCGAAGACCGAUCUUAGCAGAGCGUUCUCGACGAGCGGCCCUCACGACUCGUUCCGAGUUACCAGUGACCGACUUUCGGAGAGAUCGAAAGUUGCUGAGCUUCUCACUUCACCCUGCUUUUAAGUAUCGUUCUCGGGUUGGUGAAAAUUAGCGUUCAUAUAAGCUGGUUGAACCUUGAUAGGAAUGAAGCCGAAGAGAGAAAAUGAUAAUUUGGUGGAUCAUGAGGAAGGGCUCGAUUCAGAAUCGAAGAGGCGGAAAGUGGUAGAGGAGUCAUCUCCGUCCCCGCCUCCUAUUCCCAUUGCGAAUCCUCUUGCUGGACUAGCAAAUUAUGACGAUGAUGAUGAGGAGGAUGAAAAUCAGUGGCGAAGGGCUGAGGAAAGUAGUGAUCGAAGGGUUGAGCAAAAUGGAAAUGGAGGUGAUCAACAGGAGGACGAGGAGGACGAGGAUGAACAUGAGCAAGGAUACAGUCAAGGAAAGCGAAGCCGUGAGGUUGAGCGCCGUAGGGACUGUCCAUAUCUUGACACUGUUAAUCGUCAGGUUUUGGAUUUUGAUUUUGAAAAGUUCUGCUCUGUUUCCCUGUCAAAUUUGAAUGUGUAUGCAUGUUUGGUCUGUGGAAAGUACUAUCAAGGAAGAGGGAAAAAGUCUCAUGCAUACACUCACAGCCUUGAAGCAGGCCAUCAUGUUUAUAUCAAUCUUCGAACUGAGCAGGUUUAUUGCCUUCCGGAUGGAUAUGAAAUUGACGACCCCUCAUUGGAUGACAUUCGGCAUGUCUUGAGUCCAAGGUUUACUAAAGAAAUAGUUGAACAACUUGACAAGAACAAACAAUGGUCUAGGGCACUUGAUGGUUCUGAUUACCUCCCAGGAAUGGUGGGUCUUAACAACAUUAAGGAGACAGAUUUUGUGAAUGUCAUAAUACAAUCUUUGAUGAGAGUUACUCCUUUACGGAAUUUUUUUCUUAUCCCCGAAAAUUAUAAGCAUAGCAAAUCUCUACUUGUUCAUCGAUUUGGAGAACUCACACGAAAGAUUUGGCACUCACGGAACUUUAAAGGACAGGUGAGCCCACACGAGUUUCUGCAGGCAGUUAUGAAAGCAAGUAAAAAACGGUUUCGUAUAGGUGCGCAGUCAGACCCAGUCGAAUUCAUGUCAUGGCUUCUUAACACGCUUCAUUCCGAUCUUAAAACAAAGAAAAAUAAAAGCAUUAUCUAUGAUUGCUUUCAGGGUGAAUUGGAGGUUGUCAAAGAGAUUCAUAACAAAGCUCUUACCGAGAAGAAAGAAUACGGUAAUGAUCAGAAUGCUGUUUCCAAACACACAGGUGGCGGAACUGAACUUGAAGCAGCUGUGACUGAAACUUCCAGAAUGCCAUUUUUAAUGCUUGGACUAGAUUUGCCCCCACCUCCUCUUUUCCAAGAUGUCAUGGAGAAAAACAUAAUACCCCAGGUUCCGCUCUUCAACAUCCUGAAGAAGUUUGAUGGUGAAACAGUCACUGAGGUUGUCCGUCCUCGAAUAGCAAGGAUGAGAUAUCAUGUCACCAGAUUACCCCAGUAUGUAAUUCUCCACAUGCGUCGAUUUACAAAGAACAACUUUUUUGUGGAAAAGAACCCUACAUUAGUCAACUUUCCUGUGAAGAAUCUGGAGUUGAAGGAUUACAUUCCCUUGCCAACACCUAAAGAGAAUGAGAAACUACGUUCAAAGUAUGAUUUGAUUGCCAAUAUUGUUCAUGAUGGUAAACCCGAUGAAGGGUUCUACAGGGUAUUUGUGCAGCGGAAGUCAGAAGAACUAUGGUAUGAGAUGCAGGAUCUGCAUGUUUCAGAAACACUUCCUCAAAUGGUUGCACUCUCUGAGACGUAUAUGCAGAUUUAUGAGCAGCAGCAGUAAUGUAGUGAUUAUUGGUUGUUUAUGAUGUUUAAGCAAACGCAGUGUAAUUUGUUUCCAAUGGAUGAUGAAAUGUGAUGAUAGAAAGAGCUUAACCUUUCGGA